AUGGGUCGUGACUCAAAGCCCGAAGCGAGGCUCGAGGCCAGCUCCCAAGAAGUGCAAUCCAUGUCCAGAGUCAGCUCGAAACAAGAUGCCCCUAGUACAACCGGAUCGAUGCUGCGGCUCUCAUUAUGGGUUUCCUUUGCCGCGUGGAUCGCAAAUUUCGACAACGGCUAUUCGGGCACCGUCCUUAUCAUGCCUUCAUACAAGCGAACAUUCGGAAGUUGUGAACAAGUCCUCGACCCGGACACAUACGCCAAUAUCGAACAUUGCACGCUCACGCCUCUGCAAGAGUCUCUCAUCAGCUUGAACUACCUGUUCAUAGCCCUUGGUGGCGGUAUCUCAGGUCUGACUGGCCAAUACUGGGGACGCAGAGGCUCAAUUCAGGUUGGAUGCUUGUUGGCUAUCGUCGGUGCAGCUGGCAUGCUUGGCACCGGCGGUAGUUUCCUCUACUACAUGGUGUGUCGCUGCAUUAGCGCCGUGGGGAUUGGCCAUUUGUUAACAGCUGGUGUAACAUAUGGAUCUGAAUGCAUUGUGCCCAGCAAGCGUGGCCUGUCGUUGGGCGUGUACAACGUUGGACUUGCUAUGGGAAAUGUUGCUUCCUCGGCGGUGUGCGCUGGAUCUGCACGUCUAGAGGCGGCCAACAACUGGCAGUGGAAAACACCAAUCUUGUGCCAGAUCCCACUGGGGCUCAUCCUUGGCGCUGGUAUCCUGAUGCUACCAGAGUCUCCUCGAUGGUUCAUGGGUCAUGGCCGAGAAGAGGAGGCUAGGCAGUCGUUCAGUGUUCUGUACUGCCAGUAUCCUCAUUCGCCUGCUGUCACUGCCCAAAUCGACGAUAUCAGAUCUCAUCUCCAGGCUGAGCGAGCCGGCAAGAAAUCAGUCUCGGCUUUCGAUAUUUAUCGCAAGAAACAUAUUCGACGCACGAUGACUUCCGCGCUGGUCAUGGUCGGAAUGGCCAUUACUGGCAUUCAGUUUGUGGUGCCAUACACUGCGCUGUUCUUAAAAGGAGUUGGAAUGAGUGACCCCUAUCUCAUCAAUGUCAUUAUUGGCCUAUGCAUUCUGGCAGGGUCGUUUCUCGGCCCGUUCAUUGUCGAGUACGGCGGAAGAAGAACGGCUAUUCUAUCGGGCUACACUAUCAUGGCCAUGUGCAUGUUGAUCCUUUCUUCUGUGAACACUAUUGUUGGAAACUAUAACAGUACACAGAUCGCGACUGUGGUUCUUCUCUGUGUGUGGGCUUUCGUGUUUGGGGCUACCAUUGCUCCAAGUGCAGGUCUGGCUUCUGUUGAAAUGCACAGUGUCUCGCUUCGAACUUUUGGGCAAGCAAACACGACCGUUCUGUAUGGAAUAUUCUCCUUUGCGGCAACGUUUUGGACACCAUACAUGCUCAGUCCGAACCAUGGAGACAUGGGCACCAAUGUCGGCUAUUUCUAUGCUGGCGUCACCGUGGUGGUGACAGUUUUGGUUUUCUUGCUUGUGCCAGAGACUGCACGGUUGACACUUGAGCAGAUUGAUGAGCUGUUCAACUCGGGGAUCAUGGCAUGGAGGACCUCUGCUUCCAGAAACAAACCGGCCACUUUGCUCAGGAAGGGAGAUCCUACCGACGAGAGCACUAGUGUUUGA